AUGGCGAAGAUGAAUUUUUUGACGCCCGUGAGGUGUUUGCUUCAAUGUCUGACACAUGCUUCGAUUGCUCCCCAGAAGAUUGUAUUGGCUCGUGAUGAACAUGAAGUUCAGCAGGAGAGACUAGAGCGUGCAAGGUUCUAUGGGAAAACUUACGAUGAGGUUCCUGGAGCAGAAGCACUUGUUGUCAGAGUGGUCUCUUCUGUGGACAACAAGUUGGAAGUCAAGCAACGAUUUCUUGAGAUCUUUCAAGAGGAAAAUUACCAUGUGGAGUUUGGGUAUAAGUCUAAGGGGCAACUACAGGCUUAUUAUAAUUGGGCUAUUGCCAUAUCUGAUAGAGCCAAACUCCAUGGACGUACAAAGGAAGCUGAAGAACUAUGGAAACAAGCAACAAAGAAUUAUGAAAUAGCUGUCAAACUAAACUGGAACAGUCGAUAG